AUGGAAAAGGACGCGACCCCGCCCAAUACAUCUCCCGGUUCUUCAGCCGGACAGAGCUUGCUAGCUCUUCCAAAUACCCCUCACACCCAACGGACGCUACCCGCGAACUCAGUGAAAGCAACACCUGUCACCAAGAUAGCUUCGUAUGACGCGUAUUCGUCCAUUCCAACCCAAUGGGAUGUGAUCUAUCAAAGACUUGUCAGCGAAACAAGGGGCCAUUACAUUGGCCCCAUGCCCGUGAAGGAGUUCUUCGACGCGUUUAUGCCAUGGAACAAGGACGUUCCUGAUAGUUAUAAGUCGCGCCGGCCCCCAAAGAAUCGUGUCCAUGCUCUCAAGGAUAUGGCUUCUAUUGGCGAGAGUCAGAUGUACGGAAAAUUUAUUGAAGCGUUCAACAACUGGCCUCGCCACGACCCGACCUAUAUGCAUUGUCGCCUCCGCCUGAAAGACAGCCACUCUUUCCGGGAUAAGGAUUGCAGAAAUAUCGGAGUCGACAUCUCAGGUUAUUCCACCCCCUUCGUUCCGCGCCAGGUUGAACAGACCAUGGACUUUGCCAACGCGGAAACCUGGGUUAAGCUGAAGUCGGCCGCGAACUGGGAUCCAUUCGUCGACCCCAAGGAUGAAUCACCUUCCGGUCAGGAGGCGGAAGAGGAGGCCACGGGUGAUGAUAACGAGGGAGAACUUGACGAGGACGACGACAACAUUGAAGCUGAAGAACAAGUGACUGCUGGAGAGAAUGUAGAUGUUGCGACAAACGCGCCGGGUCGCCCUCGAGAGGAGAAAGUUCACGAUGCCGAAGAUGCUCCCGAGUUGCCCAAACCCCCUUUGGGGCUCUCCAGUUUUCCGUUCGAGAACGCCACCCGCCGAGGAAGCAAGACCCGUGCCCAGAUUGCCAGCUAUGCAGGAGCAACCAUGGCCACCCAAUUCCGAGACCACCUCUUCACCGUCAUUGUACUUGGUGACUCCGCCCGCAUCAUUCGGUGGGACCGCGGUGGUGCCAUUGUCACAGAGGCCUUCAACUACACUCAACGCACAUCUGUCCUAUUUUCAAACGGUUUAGACAGCUGGAUGGCCAAUGCACGGAUGGCCAGAGAACGGCUGAACGACUACGCCUCCGAAUUGUGGCUCGGACGAGCCGCCGACGCGUUCAGGGACAUGGUCGAUAUUGAAACACAGUCUUUUCUCCAAUUGCGGUUUCAAGGCAAGACUUGGGUCAUCCCGAGUCCACACUGCGAUGAUUACGGUCUCUCUCCCUUUGGUCGCGCUUCACGUGCCAGGAUCGCAGUCGAAGUGGAGUCUGAAACGGCUCAUUAUGUGAAGGAUUCCUGGCGUGUUCGUGAUCCUAACCGCUUGCCUGAGUCGGAGGUCUACAAGUUCAUCGCAGAAAUGGCCUGUGGUGGAGACACGGGUCACGAGGUCCAAUCCUAUCUGUGGAAGUCCAAGCCCUGGGUUUGGGGUGAGAAGUUACGCAUUCGAGACCUAGUUGGCCACAUCAUCAUCCUAAAGACGGUUGGCCGCAGUUUGAUGACAUUCCGCACUGCCCGCCAGUUUCUGACAUGUCUUGCAAAUGGAAUGGAAGGCUACGAGGAUGCCUUAGCCAAAGCUCAAAUUAUGCAUCGUGAUAUCAGCGCUGGAAACAUAUUGAUGGUUAAAGACCCGGGCUCCGUCAGUGGAGGUGUCCUCAUCGACUGGGAUCAUCAUGUGCGGUUGGAUGUCAAUCGAACCUUGGUGAAGAUAAUGCGAACGUUUGACCUCGAGCCGAUCAACCAACUCAUUUUGAAGCUUCGAACCUCGUUCGCGACACGGUACACCGGGCCUUCUCUAGUUGGAAAUGUGGGACUUGAUGAGGGUCUGCUGCAGUUUUAUAACAAGUGCAAAAAGGACGUUGAGACACCAGAUUGGCUGUUCAAGGAGAUCUACCAAGCCGCUGAACAAUUGCCUGCCUCUGAAGGCACAGACACAGAUUGGGUGGACAACACUCGUGAACUCGCUGAACUGUCUUGCCAGCAAGGCAAUGGUGAGGUGUUCCCUCUCAUACGGUGUUCUCGACCAUGGCUUGGUUACACUCACUCUGUGCACUAUCCCAACAUCAACCCUGCCAUGGAGAGUCAGCCCUUGCAGAGACUGCGAUCAGGUUCGGAAAACAGGGAUUCAGAGAAGGAAGAUAGAUAUCAGAAGCGUAGAAGGGUGUAG